AUGACGACUUCUCCUGGAUCCAACCAACCCGUACGAGACCUCACCCUGGAGAAAGCCCUCUCAGUUGCGAACAUGGUUCUAACCCGCUCGGUCUCUCACCAGAUGAAUACAGAGAGUGGUGGCCAAAGCACUCCACAAACAACAAACUCUAGUGGAGUACCAAUGGAUAACGAGCUUUUCGUCCCGCUUGCGGAUCCUCUUCCGAUACCUCACACUCAGGAAGAAGCCCAGAAUCCAUGCACGCCGGUCUUAGAAAAGCCUGACCCUCCCCAAAAGACCAAAAUCCUCCAAAAACGCAAAAGGCAAGCUCCCACCAAGAAGCCUGAACCCGACCCAGCCAAGAAGAAGAAAGCUAUAGUCUUGAAGCGCGGAAUGGCGGAAUCCGACGAUCUGGACUUCACUGAGACCAAGCCAGACGCUGCAACGAUGAUGGACUUCCCGCUACCUAAGAUCAACCACGGCGGUAACCGGCCCUCGAGGGUGCCAAGACACCUCUACUCGACCCCGCCUAUUCCGGAUUUAGACGAUGUCAAUGCGGUUGAGAGGGCAUUUCGGGAUCUCCUCAGCGUUCGGGAGAUCGUGGACUGGGAAAGUCGGCGUCUCGGGUAUAGACUGCGUCUACUGAAGAGGAAAAUGUCGUUGGAGGAGCGGCGGGAGGAUGCCCGGCUGGCAAAGUUGUGGGAGCAGGAAGAUGGCAAUUUACUUGAAGAUAUUAAGAGACUGGAGCAGGAGAACAUGAAGUUUGACGACUAG